AUGCCAUCACCACCAGCACCAGAAACAUACGUGCCCCAUCCCACAUUCCACUACGAUCGCGAUUUCCGCGGAUAUGGAGAGCAAGGUCUUCAAGGACUACAAUGGCCGAAUAAAGCCAAGAUCGCAGUUUCGUUUGUGAUUAAUUAUGAAGAAGGCGGUGAACGCAGCGUCCUAUCCGGCGACGGCCAAUCCGAAUCCAACCUGACGGAACAACCGAGCAAAGCAGCACGGAUCAAUGAAAGGAAUUAUCAAGUCGAAUCUGAAUAUGAAUAUGGAUCUCGAGCGGGGUUUUGGAGAUUGUUUCGGCUGUUUAAUAAAUAUCACAUGCAUUUCACCUUGUAUGCCGUGGCGCAAGCCGUCGAGGAGCUGCCUGAAGUUGCGAAGAGGUGUGUGGAGAUGGGACAUGAUGUGGCCAGUCAUGCGUAUCGAUGGGUUGAGUAUCAUGAUAUGAGUGUGGAGGAGGAGACGGAGUGGAUUCGGAAGGCGCUGGUGAGCUUGAAAGGGUUGACGGGCCAGGCGCCCAAAGGGUGGUAUUAUGGGAGGGCAUCACCGCGGUCGAGAACGCUGGUGCCACAGGUGUAUGAGGAGAUGGGGGAGAAGUUGGUUUGGAUGUCGGAUUCUUAUGCGGAUGAUGUGCCGUACUGGAUGGAUCGUCCAGAUGAAAAAGAUAAACCUGAUGCAAAGGGCAUACUGAUGGUGCCUUACUCCUAUGCAAACAACGACUUCAAGUUCCAUACGGCAGGAUCAGGCUUCCGUGACCCUCAAGGAUUUUACAUCCACCUUAAAAAUGCCUUUGACAUGCUAUACGAGGAGGGAGAGGAGGGUUCGCCAAAGAUGAUGACAAUAGGACUUCAUUGCCGGAUCAUCGGUCAACCAGGCCGUGCGAAGGCGCUGAAAGACUUCGUGGACUACAUCAGCAAGAAGGAAGGCGUCUGGGUCGCUACUAGGACGGAGAUUGCUGAAGCCUUUGCCGAGCAGUUUCCGUAUCAGAAAGGGUUUCUGGCAAAGGCCAAAGAGUAG